AGAGCCAUCACUAAAAAAAACACAAUGGCUGGUCCUUCUCAGAGGACAUCUUGCUCAAGCGACUUGAGAAAGCUGGCCCAAGAGGAAGCCAAGGGGGCUUAUAUAAUCUUCUAUCUUGGCCUCAUAACAGCCCUAUGAGGAAGGUUAGGCUGAGACAGAGUGACAGAACACAUUGACAAAUUGGAGGGUGUUCAUAGACAAGCUGAAGAAAUAAUGAAGGAAUGGAGCUGCAAAGCUAGAAGGCAAGGAUGAAAGGGUGGAGGAUCAUCAGAGUGACCAGGAUUUUUCCAAGGGUUUGUGUGUUUGUCUGUGAAGAGGGGGAAAAAGCCAUGCCCCAUAGAUCAUCUGAAAGGGACCAUCUUGUUCUGAAAUCCAACACUGGGACAAAACCAAGCAGCUCCAACCUUCCUGUCAGAUACAAGCAGAUGUUGAUGCUCAUUAAUGCAGGUGAUUCUCAUUCUCACAAAGCUGCAUGACUUCAACUUGGGAAGUGUUACUGAGAGCUCACUCUGGAGGUCCACAGAUUAUGGCACUACUUAUGAAAAGCUAAAUGACAAGGUUGGAUUGAAGACAGUGCUAAGUUACCUUUAUGUCAGUCCUACUAAUAAAAGGAAGAUAAUGCUCUUGAGUGAUCCUGAAAUUGAAAGUAGCAUUCUCAUCAGCAACGAUGAAGGUGCCACCUAUCAAAAAUAUCGACUGAACUUCUAUAUCCAGAGUCUGCUCUUUCAUCCUAAGCAAGAGGACUGGAUUCUAGCGUACAGCAUUGACCAAAAGCUCUACAGCUCAAUGGAUUUUGGAAGAAGAUGGCAGAUCAUGUAUGAACGGAUCACACCAAACAGAUUUUACUGGUCUGUCACAGGUUUGGACAAGGAGCCUGACCUUGUACACAUGGAGGCCCGGACAACGGAUGGACGUGCCCAUUAUAUAACGUGUAGGAUUCAAGAAUGUUCAGAGACUACUAAGAGUGGACCUUUUUUGCGUUCCAUUGAUACAAGCUCACUUGUUGUCCAGGAUGAGUACAUCUUCAUUCAGGUGACUGCUGGUGGAAGAGCGAAUUAUUAUGUGUCUUACAAAAGGGACCCCUUCACUCAGAUAAAAUUGCCCAAAUACUCACUACCAAAGGACAUGCAUAUUAUCAGCACAGAUGAGAAUCAGGUGUUUGCUGCAGUUCAGGAAUGGAAUCAAAACGAUACAUACAACCUUUACAUCUCUGACACUCGAGGGGUCUACUUUACCCUGGCCUUGGAGAAUGUCAAGAGCAACCGAGGACUUGAGGGAAAUGUCAUUAUUGACCUUUAUGAGGUAGCAGGGAUCAAAGGGAUAUUCCUGGCUAACAAAAAAGUGGAAGACCAAAUUAAGACUUUCAUCACCUACAACAAAGGGAGAGACUGGCGUUUGCUGCAGGCUCCCGAUUCGGAUCUAAGAGGAGACCCUAUACAUUGUCUCCUGCCCUUCUGCUCCUUGCACUUGCACUUGAAAGUCUCUGAAAAUCCCUACACUUCAGGCAGUAUUUCAAGCAAAGAGACAGUUCCUGGACUGCUGGUUGCUACAGGCAACAUAGGUCCAGAAUUGUCAUACACUGAGAUUGGCAUGUAUGUUUCUUCAGAUGGUGGAAAUUCUUGGAGACAGAUCUUUGAGGAAGAAUACAAUGUGUGGUUUCUUGACUGGGGAGGAGCCCUUGUAGCUAUGAAACACACAUCAAUGCCCAUUCGCCAUUUGUGGGUGAGUUUCGAUGAAGGAAGGACCUGGAAUAAAUACGGCUUCACAUCAGCACCGCUCUUUGUGGAUGGGUCCCUAGUGGAACCAGGCAUAGAAACACAGAUAAUGACAAUCUUUGGCCAUCUCAGUCUUCGUUCCGAAUGGCAACUAGUGAAAGUAGAUUACAAAUCCAUCUUUAGUUGGAGGUGCACCAAGGAUGACUUCCAGACAUGGCAUCUGCACAACCAGGGUGAACCUUGUGUCAUGGGAGAGAGGAAGAUCUAUAAGAAACGUAAACCAGGGGCAUGUUGCGCACUGACCAGAGAUUUUUCCAGAACAGUUGUCUCAGAGCCUUGCAUCUGUGCUGAAGAGGACUUUGAAUGUGACUAUGGCUAUGAAAGACACAGUAAUAAUCAAUGCAUCCCAGCAUUCUGGUUCAACCCAUCCUUCCAGCUGAAAGAAUGCACCCUUGGACAGAGCUACCUGAACAGCACUGGGUAUCGGAGGAUUGUUUCUAAUAACUGCACGGAUGGGCUACAAGAAAAGUAUGCAGCCAAACCUGAAGAGUGCCCAGGCAAAGCUCCGCGGGGUCUACAUAUUCUCACAUCCUCUGGCAAGUUGGUUGCAGAACAAGGCUACAACACUACCUUCAUAAUCCUCAUGGAAGAGGGUGAUCUCCAGAGGACAAAUAUUCAGCUAGAUUUUGGAGAUGGUACUGCUGUGUCCUAUGCUAAUUUCAGCCCGAUAGAGGAUGGUAUCCGACACAUUUAUAAGAGCACUGGGAUUUUCCAGGUGACAGCCUAUGCCGAAAACAACCUUGGCUCUGAUCUGGCAGCACUUUUCCUGCAUGUGGUCUGUCCAGUGGAACGUGUCCACUUGAGCAUCCCCUUUGUGGCCAUCAGGAAUAAAGAAGUAAAUCUCACUGCUGUGGUUUGGCCUAGUCAGUCGGGUACCCUCACUUACUUCUGGUGGUUUGGAAACAGCUCAAAGCCAUUCAUCACCUUGGACAGCAGCAUCUCUUAUACUUUUACUACUGAAGGAAUGAAUACUGUCACGGUGCAAGUCUCAGCUGGCAGCAUCCUUAUCCAGGAUACAAAGGAUAUUGCUGUGCAUGAAUAUUUCCAGUCUCAACUAUUAUCAUUCUCUCCUAAUUUGGAUUACCACAAUCCUGAUAUUCCUGAGUGGAGAGAAGAUAUUGGCAGAGUAAUCAAGAGAGCCUUGGUGCAGGUGACUGGAAUCCCUGAUGAGCAAGUUCUGGUGGCAGUAUUUCCUGGUUUGCCCACGUCCGCUGAGCUCUUCAUCCUACCCCAUCAAAACAUGUCAGAGAGAAGGAAAGACAGUGAGGGUGAUUUGGAGCAGGCUGUUGAAAUCCUCUUCAGUGCUUUGAAUCAGAACCUGGUCCAGUUUGAGUUGAAGCCCGGCGUAGAAGUCAUUGUGUAUGUCACUCAACUAACGUUAGCUCCUCUCGUUGAUUCUGGUGCUGGGCACAGCAGUUCAGCAAUGUUGAUGCUGUUAUCGGUGGUCUUUGUGGGCUUGGCAGUUUUUUUAAUCUACAAAUUUAAAAGGAAAAUCCCGUGGAUUAACAUCUAUGCUCAGGUCCAGCAUGACAAGGAACAGGAAAUGAUUGGUUCCGUUAGCCAAAGUGAAAAUGCCCCCAAAAUCACUCUGAGCGAAUUCACAGACCCUGAAGAACUCAUGGACAAAGAGCUGGACACACGGGUUAUAGGAAGCAUCUCAACAAUCUCCAACAGCGAAAGCACAAAGGAAAUACCCAACUGCACUAGUGUUUAAUAACAGAAAUCCACUCGACAACAUUUCUGAGUUUUUAUUUUUAUUAAUUAUUAUUAUUAUUAUUAUUGUAAAAGGAAAGUUCUGUGUCAUCAUUAUUAUUAUUAUUAUAAUUAUUAAAGAGGGGUUU